GUCUUUUUACACAAAGCAAUCCACGACUUUUCCCUUUCAGUGCCCAGCUCCCCACUUCCCGGUCCUCCUAGGGUUCUGCCCGAAUUUUCUGUGAAAAUUUUCACUUUCCCGGAAAAAAUCGAGAGAAAAUGGACGGAAAAAUGGAAAUCUCGCUCGACAAGCUUCCCAUCAAGCGCUUGGAAGUCAUUGAAGAAAACGGCCUUGAAAGAUUUCCUCCUGAUGUAGGCUACGACGAGAAGCGGCAGAAUUUGAUUCGGAGAAUCGAUUUCGCUUGGGCUGUGGAGAAGGACGAGAACAAGAAGCAGAAGAAGAGCUCGAAAGAGAGCGCGGCGACGCAGUGGCAAUGGCAGAGCAUGGUGGAGAACUUGCAGCUGGCGCACCAGGAGCUCUCUGUUAUCAUAGAUCUCAUCAACACUGUAGAAACAAACGAUGCUGUAACAGUGGCUAGCAUGACGCGUCCUAAGCCGCUUCCUAAUGAAGCUAUGUCUGAUCUUGCUGUGUCUGCCGCAACCAAGCUUCAAUGCUUCAGGCAUCUUGGAAAGUAUUUUAAGCAGUCUGCCAAAGCUUUGGACCGACAGGUUGCUCGAGAAGCGAGAUUUUACGGUGCUCUAAUCAGAUUGCAGCAGAACUGGAAAGUUAAGCGGCAGCGUAUGGCAGCUUCAGCGUCUGGAAAUGAAGGCUUUACCAUUGAUCUGUUUGACAAUUCAUUAUAUGAUCCAGCUGCUAUAUUUCGUCCAUCUGCUCUGUCUACAGUUCGUGUUGAACAUGACUCAGCUGGCAUGCUGGCGAUUAAUCUACCUCCAAAUUCAUUUCGAUCUCUUCAAUUUGGGUUUCUUGGUGCUGAUCCAGGUGAUACUCCAAUUGAAUCCAGUAAAACCAAAGUCUAUUCAUCAAGGGAAGCUGAGAAAGAAUCUGUAAGUGAUGAUGAGUGUGUUAAAGAAACGCAUUCACUUCUUCGUGAAGUUCAUCAAGCAAUCUUCGAUGAGCAGGUGUUUAAUUUGGUAAAUCGUGAAGCUUUCAAUCAAACUCUAGGAGUCAAUGUAACUGGAAUACAAGAAAAUUAUUUGCAACUGAAUAUUGGUGAAGGAACCUCUGUGUUCAUAUCACUUAUCCCAUCUAAAGAUGAACAAACGGCUGACAGUCCAAGCACCCAAAACAUAGAGAAUGCAAUUUUACCUUUGGACACAUUGGAUGGCCUGCAGUUCCCAGAGGAUGAUAAACCGGAAACCCCAAAGAUAAAGUCAAUAAUUCCUGAUCAAAUUAGUUGUGAAAUAUAUCUGCAACAGAUUUUUCACCAGCAUGUAUUUGUCAAAGCAAAGGAUAUACCAACUUCAACAGGUGCUCGAGUAUCUGGUCAACCAGCCAAAGAAGGUUCUGGACUUCUUGGUCAUUUCUGUUUGUCUUUGGCUCAUCGGAUCUUUUCAAACAAAGUUCUUAAGGAGCUGGAAAAUGUGGUUAAAGGGGUACCAUAUCUGCAGCUGUUAUCUCACCCCACUUGGCAUUCGCGGACAUCAUCAUGGAUGCUCUCUGUGAAGAUUCCUCAAUCUAUUCUACAUGCAUGCCAAACCCGAGCAUCUGACAUGCGUCACAUGAGGAACGUUGCCAAAUCUCAGUUUCAUACUAAGGUGGUUGUAACAGAUGAUUGCAUCAAUGUAGAAGGGGAAGGUGCUCCUAAUGUGGUUGGCCUGUUCAACGAGAAUUCUGAGGAAAUUUGUUCAAUGAACAGAUACGAUUGUGACUUGGCAGAUCUUCCCGUGAUAAUUUUGCAGCAGGUUGCAGGUCAAGUUAUUCGCUGGCUUCACGAAGAAGCUCUUACGGUUGGAAUAAAGGCAAAACGAGACUUUCUUUGUUUGUCAUUUGAGCUGGAUCAGGGCGAAACACUCAGUUUGGUGGCACAUGUGGACCCAGAAGACAGUGAAGGAUGUAUCUCAUGGUGGUUGGUCAUAGACGGCGGGUUUAUAGAGGAACGAAAACUCAGUAUAGACGCUUCCGAUGCUGCAUCAGAAACUAGGAAGUUUUUAGGUCAUCUAUCCCUGGAAGUGUUAUAUUCAACACUGAUGGACUUGGUUAGCCUGUGCAACGGAGGCGGUAACUGACGGUGAAGUAGCUGCUGGUUGUUUUUUCUUUUUUCUAUGUUAUGUACAAAUGUCGUCGUCAUGUAAUCGAUAUACGAUCCCAUAACCCAUUGUGGCAUGCUCUUUGCACCUUACUUUUUGCCCCCAUUAACUACUGUAAUAAAAUGUAACCUUGUUUUUGA